GUGAGGGACCGCUGGGCGUCAUGGCGGCCACGGGUGAGGUGGGCUCCGGAAUGACGACAGGACUGGGCCGAAGGAAAGCCUAUGGCAAGGAUAAUCCUCGUAACAGCUGCUAAAGACGACAAAGACAAAUGUAGACAGUGACAUAUAUUUUACUGGUCAAGUAAAAUGGAUCCAUGUUCAAUUGGAAAUGAGCUGCAAGCUAGCAGUGAUUGUCAUAAAACAUACUUUACCUGUCACACUGGCUUCAAGACUAAGCAAGAAUUGUCAUCAACUGAUCUGUUACUCCUUCAGCUUAGGACUGGGAUAACUCUUUCAGAGAACCAUACAAUCUGCUUCCAUCAUGCUAAGGUUUACCUUGAUAGAUAUGAAGAUUUGCAAAAGUCAUGUUGUGAUCCUUUUAAUAUGCACAAAAAACGUUCAAGGAAAAACUUGCAUGCAAUUGACAUAGAUGAUGCAACUUUUCUAAGUGCCAAGUUUGGACGGCAGUUUAUACCUGGCUGGAAGCUUUGUCCAAAAUGUACACAAAUAAUAAAUGGAAAUGCAGAGGUUGAUUCUGAAGACCGUCAGCGAAGGAGACUUGAUUCAGACGGGCGCACAGCUAAGGCCUUGAAGUCCUUACAGUUUGCUAAUCCAGGACGGCAUACCGGAUUUGCUCCAGAAGCAAACAAAAGAGAAAAAAGAAGGCUGCAAACAAAAAGCACUUCUCUUAAUUCAGACAGGCAAUUAAUUCCCGCGAAGAGCAAAGUAUAUGAUAGCCAAGGAUUUCUGCUUUAUAGUGGGAUAGACCUCUGUGACUGUCUUGAUGAAGAUUGCCUAGGAUGUUUCUAUGCUUGUCCUAAGUGUGGCUCCACCAAGUGUGGACCUGAAUGCCGUUGUGAUCGCAAGUGGCUGUAUGAGCAAAUUGAGAUAGAAGGAGGAGAAAUUAUUCGCAAUAAGCAAGCGGGAUAGCCUACAUGUUGAUUUUCACAUAUAAAAAUACAUAGAAUUUCUUAAGAUUUCCAGUUAGUGUUCAGUGUGGUUUAUGUGAAGGCUGAGAGUCAGACAUAAUUACACCUCAUUGCCAUGCCUACAGAAACAAAACUAGAACAUUGCUUGGCGAUCUGAGAAUGUAUUAAUGAGCAAAUGGAUUAACAGGAAGAGUAUUAGCCUAUGUGCUCUGUAUAGAAGAUACUUUCCCCAUCUAUCUCCCGUCUUUCCACAUAGGAAAAAUCCAGGAUUGCCAAUUUCAAAAACAUGACCACUACUUUAGAUGCUUUAAGCUGCAGCACCAUGAGCAGUAUUAGCAGUUGGUUGAUUGAUAAUUUGAUACAGAUGUUGCAUGGUGGAUACAAAAUAUGAAUUGUCAAAUUCAGUCUUUUGAGAAGAUGACAGAUUUUAAUUUUUUCAAUAAAGAAAAUUCUUGGCCAGUUUCAAAAGUGCAAAUAUUUGGAUAUGUUGUUUUUUCCCUCAAAUCUGAAUGCAAAGGAAUUCUACCCUAUGCUUUCAAUAGUAUUUCACUGCUUGUAAUGAGAGGAAAGCGAUUACCAAAGAUGUAACUUCAGGCAGCAUUUGUGUUAUCAAGUCACUGCUUGAGGACUUUAUAGUUUACUCUCUGGGACAGUCUUCUCUAACUUUUAAGAAAUAUACAAGUUAGUUACUUGAAUGUAAAUGAUAUGGGAGGCCAGAAUCUUGUUUUAUAAAUUGCCAUAAUCAUUGUUCUUCAUAAGGAUAUAGAAUAACUUAAUAUAUCCUCAAAUUAAGAAAAUUGCUAAUAGAACAUAAGGGUGAAACGGGCCAUUUUUGUGGUUGUGACACCUCAGGGAGUAAGGCAAGGGUAAGCAACAUGGUGACCUCCAUAUAUUUUGAACUACAAUUCCUAUAAUACCUGACAUUGGCUGGGAGUUGUAGUCCAAAACAUCUGGAGGGCACAAAGUGGCCUACCCUGGAGUAUGAGAUCAUAUCUGUGUAAAUGGGACCUGGUCAGGAGAGCUGACCGCCAUUUGAAACUAUGACUAAGGUCAUAAAUUACAUGUAAGACCUAGAAGGUUUCUCUAAGUAGUAUGCCUGGAGCUUGAUUUGAUUUUGCCCACGGUCAUAAAUGUAUCCUAUUACCUGUUGUGACCUAGAAAGACUAACUGUAAUGGAAGCAAAUAAGCUGGUGGCAUUUUGUCAUUGGAAUCUAGCAAAGGUGAAAUUGAAUCCAUAGCCUUUAACUUAGAUGUCCAUAGGUGCUCUGAUUUGCAUAUGUGGAGCUACCCCCUUGUUUGACAUGGGGGGAAAUGUGAAUGAGCUCCAAGAAGACUGGAGUAUAUACCACUGGGGCAAUAGUGCAACCAUUUCAUUGUCCAUUACAACAAAAUAUGACCAAUUGUUACUAAAAUAAUUUGCUAUUAUUUGUAUUUUAUAUUACUUCUUGGCUAGAGUUAUGUCGUAUCUGAAUUAAUUGUGCUCAGCUGCUAGUAAAUUCUCUUGUAAAGAGAAAUUCACAGUAGGAAUGCUUAUUAAAUUUUACACCUGCUCUGCCUGGCAUCUCAUUUUCAUAAAAAGAACAUUUUGCUUCCUAUUUAAAUCAAUCAAAAAGCUACAGUAUGGUAUUACUAUGGCUUCUGGCUUUUCUAGUAGACCACACUAGUGGCAGUCUACAAUUUUUUUUAUAUCCAAGUCAAUAUAGAGUUAACAUUUAAAAAAUAACUUUAGAAUGUUUUGAUAAACCUUUCUUGAGUUAAUGAAUUUCAUAUGUUACAAAAUGAAAGUUGUGUAGAUAUGUACAAAAAUUGGCCAUCGCUUAAAACUCUUCACUGGCCUGCCUAACUGCUGGCAAGCUAUUUGAACAGAUUGAUUUUUUUUAGUCUGUUGGAAGUAGCAAAGGCUACAAUAUGAUAAAAGUAAUAAUUUUGGUUACUGCUUUCUACAAAAUAAAAUCAUUUAUACUUUCUGAUAUUAGCAGAUACAGAGCUGCAGGUUAUAUUGCUGUACACUAUGUUAUCCAAUUCUGUUGAUGCUAAUUUUUUUUGUGUGUUUAGUUGGUGAAAAUGAAAAUGAAAACAGUAAUUUAACUUUGUUGGGCUGGUUCACACAAUCAUACAGCCCACCAUGGUUUAUUUAAGCCACAGUGGGCUGCAGCAUAUCUUGGCAGCCAUUUUGAAUAUUCAAGCUGUGUCCUGUCCUGUUGUCUGAACCCAUGGAUUGUGGAUUAUGCAUGGAUUAAGCAACUUUUGCAUAACAGAGCAGCAGGCCAUGAGCUAUACCCACAGCCCCCAGGUUUGAAUGACAUGACAAGCUGCAGUUGUAGCUUGAAUAUUGAAAACCCACCUGGCAUGAGUCAAGGCUCAACAUGGCUUAAAAAGGCAUAGUGGGUAGUGGUCGUGCCAAGUGGGUCAUUCUGUUUCUGUCUACUUCUUCAGGAAAAUGUUGGAUAUUUCUGUGACUCAACAUAAAAUGUUAAUCCAAAUGGAGGCUACUCUGCUCCAUGUAUGUUAACACACAUUCCAGUUCUCUGCAUACUUCUCAGUAAGUUCCAGGAGUGUUAACUGAUGGUGCAUACUGAAAAAAUGUGAUGUUCAAGGCCAUUUCGAAAAAUCUGUUCUAUUGUUAUGAAAACAUUACUGUUUCUACUAGACCAAGAGACAAUAUUAAAAACAUAAGAGCCUUACUGGAUUAGACCAAGUGCCCAUCUAGUCCCAUUAUUCUCUUCACACAUCGGCCAACCAGCUGUCGAUGGGAGACCCACAAGCAUGAUAUGAAUGCAACAGCACUCUCCCAGCCAUGUUCCCCUGUAACUGGUGUACAUAGGAUUACUGCCUCUUAUUACUGGAAUAACACAACUAUCAGAAGUAAUAGCCAUUCUCCUCCGGGAAUUUAUCUAACUCCCUUGGGUGGCCAUCACCACAUCUUGCAGUAGCAAAUACCACAGUUUGACUACGUGCUGUGUGAAAAAGUACUCUUAUCUGCCCCGAAUCUCCCACCAAUCAGCUUCAUAGGAUGAUCCCUUAUUCUAAUAUUAUAUGAGAGGGAGAAAAAUGUCUCCCUAUCCACAUUCUCCAUACCUUGCAUAACUUUCUAUCAUGUCUACCCCUGCCCUCCUUUUUUACAUGGUAAACAAUCCCAGCUAUUGUAACCUUCCCUCAUGGGGAAGAUGUCCCAGAAUCUUGAGCAAAUAUGGUGACACAGUCCCUUUUCUUAACAUGGAGUUUGCCUUCUUUACAGCAGACACACACUGGGUUGGACGUUUUCAUCUAGCUGGCCACCACAAUCUCAAGAUCUCUCUUUUGAUUGGUCACUGCUAGCAUAGAUGCCAUCAGGUUGUACUUUAAAUUGGGAUUUUUUGCCCCAAUGUCAUUACUUUACACUUGCUUAUAUUGAACCACAUUUGCUAUUUGGAUGCCCAUCCUCCCAGUUUGGAGAGAUCCUUUUGGAACUCCUUACAAUCCCUUUUUGUUUUAACCACCCUAAAUAAUUUAGUGUGAUUGGCAAAUUUGGCCACUUCACUGCUCACUCCUAAUUCUAGAUUAUAUAUGAAAAGAAGGCUUUAAAACGGGGGUUGGAUAAAUUCCUGGGGGCGAAGGCUAUCAAUGGCUACUAGCCCUGAUGGUUGUGUGCUAUCGAGGCAGUAAGCCUGUGUGCACCAGUUGCUGGGGAACAUGGGUGGGAGGGUGCUGUUGCACCAUGUCCUGCUUGUUCAUCCCUGGCCGAUGGCUGGUUGGCCACUGUGUGAACAGAGUGCUGGACUAGAUGGAGCCUUGGUCUGAUCCAGCAUGGCUCUUCUUGUGUUCUUAAAAGCAUUGGUCCUAAUAAAGAUCCCUGUGACAUCCCAAUAUUUACUUCCCUCCAUUGGGAGAAUUUACCAUUUAUUCCUACUCUGCUUUCUAUUCUUUAGCUGAUCCGUAAAACAACCUCUCUUUUUAUUCCAUGAUUGCUAAAUUUGCUCAAGAGUCUUUGGUGAGGGACUUAUCAAGAGCCUUUACUGUAAGUAAAUAUAGUUUCCUUAUGAACCUGUUUGCAAGAGGAAUAACAGUUCUGUAUUUACUGUGUUUUUUCUAGUCGUGCUUAUAAAUAAAUUGAUUUGAACUGAAA